GAUAGAGGGAGGAUCCUGGCUCGCCUGAACCCGGCCCAUACACAAAAAGACCUGCAGAGCCGAGAGAGGGAGGCACUGAGGAGGACAAGACUCUCCUGACUCUCAGAGACAGCAGGCCAUUGUCCACACACUCACAUCCACUCUGGACCGACCGCUUCAGGAUACAUCCCUCUGGACGGCGUUACCCAUCAUGCAUCACAGGAGCCUGUCUGAGCUGCAGGGGGCCUCGACCCCACGGACUGCCCAGGAUGGAGCGUCUUCAUGGAGGUCCAGGACCGGGAUGGGAUCCAGCCUCUGCAGCCUGCAGAGGGGAGCUUGUUUCUGGGUGUGUCUGCUGCUGGGGGCCCUGCUGGUUCCUGGAGCCCGGAGCCUCCUGAGCCAAGACGAGGAACUGCUGGUGGAGCUGCACAACUACUACAGAGGACAGGUUUCACCCAGCGCCUCAGCCAUGCUGCCCCUGAAAUGGGACCCGAACCUGAAGGUGCUUGCGGAGAACUACGCGGCUAAAUGCAUCUGGAAUCACAACCCAGAACUGGAGGACAUCGGAGAGAAUCUGUUUGCCGGCACCGGGCCUCUGGACCUCAGCAAGGCUCUGGAGAAAUGGUUCCUGGAACGCUUGGAUUUUGAUUACCAGAACAACAGCUGUGAAGAAGACAUGAUGUGUGGACACUACACACAGAUGGUCUGGGCCGACACUCACCGGGUCGGCUGUGCUUUCCACCCCUGCCACACCAUGUUGGGACUGCAGUGGGAGAACGUCUCCUUCCUCGUCUGCAACUACUUUCCAGCAGGGAACUAUGAGGACCAGCGGCCGUACGUGGAGGGGGACUGGUGCUCCAGCUGCCCGGAGAACCUGCAGAAAUGUCAAGACAACCUCUGUGUUCCUGACACGGAGGAUCCAGAGGAGGUCACCGUUACCGCCUCAGAUCUUUCUCCAGAGGCCAGUCCUGCAUCGACACAUGAAGCCAUCGCUGAGACGUCUGCCAGUACGCCCAGAGCUCCCAUCAUCAUCACCACCGUCUCUGCAGACAGCGCUGAAGACACGCCUCCACCAGGAACCACCGAACAGGACGUCUCCUCCACUAACCUGCCCUCAUCCAGACAUCAGGAGGAGGAGGAGGAAGAGGAGGAAGAGGAGGAGGAGCCGGAGCCGACGGGGAAGAGCAUCAUCAGGAAGCAAGAAUUAUGGAAGAAAAUAGAAUCUCAGAGCAAAGCAUCUGCUGGUUCUGUUUCCACACCGUCGGUCCUGUUGGCCUGUCUGACUGGACUCCUGCCUCUGUGGCUGUGAGGAGAACCAGGAGGGCAGUGGAGGAAAGUUCACGGUCGCUGAUCCACCCUGCAGAACCGACGGCUUCCUCUGCGCAGCAAAACGGACCCGUUAACCGUUCCCUGUCCCCAGAAAACAAGCUGCUGUUUGAACGACAUCUGUUUGAGGUCUGGACUGAAACCCGGGUCAGAGAACGUUCUGCAGAACCCGCUUUGGGCUGAGUGGAAACCAGAA